CUGACUGCUGCUUUGUCCCCAGGACCUCCUCGGACCUCAGGCCUCCCGGGCUUGCAGGCGCCUGCCGGCCAUGGAGAAGGCGCCGGGGCUGCUGCUGCUGCUGCUUCUGGGGGCGGGCGCCAGGCCCGGCGGGGGCUCCGAGCUCGGGGAGAGAGUCCGCGCCCUCAUGAGAGCCCAUCCGCUCAUCGACGGCCACAACGACCUUCCGGGAAUCCUGAGAUGGUUCCAUCAGAACCGAAUCCACAAUCUGGACCUGAGAACCUUCAGCCAAAGCCAGACCAACAUCCAGAAACUCCAGGCAGGAAUGGUGGGAGCCCAGUUCUGGUCGGCCUACGUCCCCUGCCAAACUCAGGACAAAGAUGCUUUGCGCCUGACUCUGGAACAGAUCGAUGUCAUCAAGCGGAUGUGCAAGGCUUACGAGGAACUGGAAUUUGUGACCUCAGUGAAAGAGCUUAAUGAGACCCGAAAGUUGGCUUGCCUGAUUGGGGUGGAAGGUGGCCAUUCCAUGGAUGGAAGCCUGGCCAUCUUGCGAACAUUCUAUGACCUCGGAGUGCGCUACAUGACUUUGACACAUUUCUGUAACACACCCUGGGCAGAGAGCUCCUCGAAGGGUCUACAUCACUUUUACCCAUAUGUUAAGGGACUAAAUACUUUUGGGGAGAAAGUGAUAAAGGAAAUGAACCGUUUGGGCAUGAUGGUGGACCUCUCCCAUACGUCAGUGGCCACGGCCAAAAAGGCAAUGAUUCUGUCUGAGGCUCCAGUGAUCUUCUCCCACUCGUCCGCCUUCUCAGUGUGCAACAAUGAUAGAAAUGUGCCAGACACCCUCCUGAAGCAGUUGAAGAGGAAUGGCGGCAUCGUGAUGGUGACCUUCUCUGUAGGCGUGAUUCAAUGUCAGCUGUUGGCCAACAUCUCCACAGUAGCAGAUCACUUUGACCAUAUAAAGAAGCUUAUUGGAGCCGAGUUCAUGGGGAUUGGAGGAGAUUAUGAUGGUGUUGGCAAGUUUCCAGAAGGCCUGGAAGAUGUUUCCAAAUACCCUGCUUUGAUUGAGGAGCUGAUGAGACGGGGCUGGAGUGAGAAGGAACUGCAGGGUCUUCUUCGGGACAAUCUCCUGAGAGUCUUUCAGAAAGUGGAACAGGUGCGGCAACAGAGCAAGAACCAGAGACCCAAUGAAGAACUACUUUCUGAAAUAGUGACAGAUAAUAAGUGUCGUUCAAGUUUCCAGCAACUGAUAACACUGAAGCCACUUUGGAAUGGACAGCCUUUCCUGGGCCCAGCUCUGCAUCUCAUCUCCUUUGCCCUUGUUCUUAUAUCCUUAGUGGGGCAGUUCUUUCUUUGAGAUAGAAGGUUGGGGAGAUCAGAACAGAUCUGAAGCCUUUGGUUUUGGCCCUUGGAAGAUGGACCUUGGUCUGGUUUAGAGGGACAGCCGUAUCUCCUCUCCCCUUCUGGUACUCGUCUACUCCCUGGCUAGGUUAUUGUCCCUAUUUAGAAGUAAAGGCCUGUCAGAUAUUGCUUCCUCACAACUUUCCUUUCUAGUGACCAAUUAAAUUUUUAAUGGUUUUUCCUGAGAACCAGACUCAUCUGCUGGGAGCCUCAAGGUGAAGGUAGGGAGGAUGGUAGUGAUGGUACAGAACCCAAGUAGUUUGCAAAUUAUCGUCCGAGUUCCUCCAGACUCAGAUCCAAACCCCUGUCUUGGUAUUACAUAAUUUCCAGGAGGACUUGUGAUUAGUAACUCCCCUUUCUUGAGAAGCCAGGGAUGCAGAUUUGUUUCCCCCUCCUAGCAAAAGCUCUGAUGAGGGAAAAUCAAAACCUGUCUAUCCUCUCAGCUUCCUACUCCUUAACUAGGAGAGAAUGUCUCUAGGCCAAUAAUUCAGGCAGGAGAGCCAACAAAUAAUGGGAUUGUGGAGACUCAAGUUCUCAUCAUGUUCACCCCUCAAACUGACCUUCUUUGAACUGACUCAGAUACCUCUGGAGUUUACAUCUUCAAUUUAUAGUUCAAUGGUAUCUUAUUCCAUUAACAUUCAUUUUCUGUUUGGAAGUAAAGGUCUGACUCUUUUUUUAGCCCUAAAUUUAGCAUCAUAGCAUCUUAUCAGCAAUUCAUAUCUUAUAAGUUGCUUUUCUCUUUCUCUCUCCUUUUUCCCUUCUGAGGUUUUCAUUCAUUUCUAGACCCCCAUUCUGAAUUCCAAUGAGAAAAUUUAUACAUUCUCCCCUGGAAAGGCUGAUAAGAUUAGGUAGGGCAUUAAUUUCUAUCCAACAAUCUUUACUCACUAUCCUAGGUCAAAUGAGUAAGAAUAAAUUUCUUGUAAAUAAUAUGAAAA